ACGAGAGAAAGUAUGAACGAAGCUGGGCAUCCUCAACCCGGAGUUUGAAUGUCUGCUCAAUAACGAAAUCCCCUCCCCGCCGCUCCACCUUGUUGUCGUGACAAAGACCUUUCUUCCAUCUCUUUUACUUCUUUGCAUGGGAUAUCAGCAACGUAUUGAGGAUUUGCUGAAAUUGUGUCAAAGUGCAUGGGUGCCUCUUCAAAGUCUUCAUGCCGUGAGCGAGGCCGAUGCAGAAACCGUGCACAAGUUCAGUCGAGCCCUUCGAGCCGGCAUCAAGCAGCUCGUCCAACUUCAAGAUGCUCUCGACGAAAACCAUCUCCUCGUGACGGAUCCAGCCUGGAUGACCAAAACCGACGCUAUACUGGACGAUGUACGGAAAACCCUUCAUGAAGCUAUGCAAGUGAGAGAAGAGUUGUCCGGCAAUUCGUCCGAUGCGUGCCACGACUUACCACUCCCCAUCAUUAACGACACCACUUGCUUUAUCGAACCAUGUCCUAUUGCCACCAAAUCCACUCCUCUGCAGAAAUCAUUUCCGUCUCUAUUAAGCCCAAAAAUGGAAACUCCAUUCUUGUCCCCCCAUCACAACCUCGCCAUCAACGACCCUCUUUCCGACCACUUGGAUACGGUGAACGUUGAAAAGACACUACGGACGUCCUCGCGUGAAUCAGGUGCUGUUAUGCCUGGUGUCGAAAGCGGGCGUGGAAAAUCCAAUGUAACACCUUCAUCCAUACCACAACAAGAACGUCUCUCCUCUUCAGUACAACCACGUCCCUCCGUAUCAUCACAAACCCUUCAACUUCCUUCCAAUAGACGACUUUUACCCCCUGAUCCUCUUGUGGAAGCACGGAUCGAAGCAGAACGCGGUAGUAGAUUACGGUUACCAUUACUCAAAGGCAUCAAAUCUUCGCGAUCCACACCGCUACCGAGUGAACAGGCCAAGAUCAACUUUUACAAAGAUGACGAGGACGAUAAAAAUGGAUACGGAACCCUGUUUGCAUCCGACGCCAUGGUCAGCCAUCCGCUGCGUAUAGGUAUUGGUUACGGAAGUUAUAUUUGUUACAGCUGUACCAUUUUGAGCUCAAAGGGACCCCCGAUCGUUGUAAGAAAGCGAUAUUCGGAUUUUGUAUGUUUACGAGAAGCUCUGGUCAAGCAGUAUCCACACAUGAAGAACAGUAUACCAAAACUGCCGCCUAAAAAGGUUGUAGGCAAGUUUACACCGACUUUUGUAGAGCAACGAAGGCGUGAAUUAGAGUAUUUUUUCAAGUACAUUGUGCUACAUCCUUCGUUGGGAGCCAGCCCCAUUGUCAAGCAGUGGAUCGCUCCAUAAAUUUUCCAAGAAGAAAAAAAAACUCUCCACCAAUAAAAUGAGUCACGUCACAGAACACUCAGUCAGCUACGGGCC